AUGCCUGGCGUCAACGGCACCAAUGGAGCUGCCCCCCAAGGCACCUUCCUGUUCACUUCCGAGUCUGUUGGUGAGGGCCAUCCUGAUAAGAUCGCCGAUCAGGUUUCCGAUGCUAUUCUCGAUGCCUGCUUGGCCGAGGAUCCCCUCUCCAAGGUUGCUUGCGAGACGGCCACCAAGACGGGUAUGAUUAUGGUCUUUGGUGAAAUCACCACCAAGGCCAGGCUUGACUACCAGAAAAUUGUCCGUGACACAGUCAAGGAUAUUGGUUACGAUGACUCAUCCAAGGGCUUCGACUACAAGACGCUCAACCUGCUCGUCGCCAUUGAACAACAGUCGCCCGACAUUGCCCAGGGCUUGCACUACGACGAGGCCCUCGAGCGUCUCGGCGCUGGUGACCAGGGUAUCAUGUUUGGUUAUGCUACCGACGAGACCCCCGAACUAUUCCCCCUUACCCUCCAGCUCGCUCACAAGCUGAACGCUGCCAUGUCGGCAGCCCGCCGCGACGGCUCCCUCCCCUGGCUCCGCCCCGACACCAAGACGCAAGUCACGGUUGAGUACAAGCACGACAACGGUGCUGUUGUCCCUGUCCGCGUCCACACCGUUGUUGUAUCCGCCCAGCACUCGGCCGACAUCACCACCGAGCAGCUGCGCAAGGAGAUUCUCGAAAAGAUUAUCAAGAAGACCAUUCCUGCCAAGUACCUUGACGAGAGAACCAUCUAUCAUAUUCAACCCUCUGGUCUGUUCAUCAUCGGUGGUCCCCAAGGUGAUGCUGGUUUGACGGGCCGUAAGAUCAUUGUCGACACUUACGGUGGCUGGGGCGCUCACGGUGGUGGCGCUUUCUCAGGCAAGGACUUUUCCAAGGUGGAUCGUUCUGCUGCCUAUGUCGGCCGCUGGAUCGCCAAGUCUCUGGUCAAUGCCGGUCUCGCCCGCCGUGCUCUUGUCCAGCUGUCAUACGCCAUUGGUGUUGCCGAGCCCCUGUCCAUCCACGUUGAUACAUAUGGAACCUCUGAGAAGAGCUCCGAGGAGCUGGUUGAGAUUAUCCGCAGCAACUUCGACCUGCGUCCCGGCGUCAUCGUCCGUGAGCUUAACCUGACGCGCCCCAUCUACCUCCAAACGGCCAAGAAUGGUCACUUUGGCACCAACCAAUCCUUUACCUGGGAGCAGCCCAAGCACCUCAGCUUCUAA